CACAGAGGGCCAGAAAUACCCUUUAAUAUUGAAUAAGUCCAAAAUAUUUUUAUUAACAUAUCUGAUAACUUAACACUUGCAUAAACUUAGUAGACUUUGAUCCAUAAAAAAACAAAAUAAUUAUUUCGAUUGAUCGUCAUGGAGACGUCAAAUAACGCGUCAUUUUACGACAGGUUUGCCUUUCGCAUUUGAAAAAAAGUUUGUCUUUAAAAAGUUUCAAUUUCGAUAUUUUUUCUGUGGGAAAUUAUAAGCAAUCAAAUUUUUGUGAUGGAUGUAGGUGAAAGAGAACUUGAAUCCCAUACGAUUCAGUUAAGACAAAUAUUUGAAAAAGGCAUAGAGAGGAUCAAAAUCAAAGAGACAUUAAACUCUAUUUUAUGUAUGAAGUGCAUGAAGCAAAACAAGGCAAGAGUAAUGCAAUAUUCUCGUCUUUAUUCCCUUGAUUUUCGAAGGAAAUGGCUGGCUGCAAAAAGGACCAAGAGUAGAUUUUUAGACUGGAACAAAACAUGGCUUGACAGGGUCAUAAAUUUUGCUUGUGUUAAAACAAAAACUACUGGAAGACCCAAAUCUGAGUUUCAAAAUCUCAGUUACUCUGGAAAAUUCCGAAGAACGGAACAGUUACGAAAAACGGAAACAAGCGAGCUGAUUUUUGCUACUGAAUUAAGAUUAAGGUCUGAUGGAAGACCAGAAGCUGCUAAAUUAUUAUCUCGAUCUCGUACUGUUUUAUCUCCGAACCAAGAAAUAAAAAAAAAUAAUCAAACUACUUCCAAAAACGCACAAUCUCCAUUAAGUUCAGAUCAAGCUUUAGCGUUAUUUCUUGACGCUAAACUUACUAAGCGAUCAUACCAACUUCUAAGAAAUAACGCUAAAGAAAACAAUUUCGACAUCUACCCCAGUUACAACAAAAUAAGAGAGGCAAAGCAGUUAUGUUAUCCGGAGAAUAUUUCUGCGCAGGAACAUUCUGUGGUGUUACCUUUACAAUCGCUACUAGAUCAUACAACUUGUAGGCUUUUGUCGACUUUGGAUCUAGAAAACCAACAUUUUGAAAACUUAAAUUUUACUUUAAUUACUAAGUGGGGAAUGGACGGAAGUAGUGGACAAAACGAAUAUAAACAAGCAUUUGAAGGCAAUUAUAGUGACAGUAAUUUGCUGCUUACAUGUCUGGUUCCUUUACAGUUAAAUACCACAAACGGUCAAAGCGCAAAAAUUUAUGUCUGGCAGAACCCCCACCCUGCAUCUACGGUUUAUUGCCGACCUCUAAAAAUGCAGUUUUUGAAAGAAACUAUCGAAAUUUCAAAAAAGGAGAAAAGUCAUAUGGACCAAGAAAUUUUAAAUUUAUCACCGACUAAUUUUAGAUUAAAAAAUAAUUCGGUUAUUUUGGUAAAACAUGAACUAUACAUGUCAAUGGUAGAUAAUAAAAUGAUUAACUCAAUAACAGGUACAUCAUCCCAAAAGUGUUAUUUGUGCGGUGCUUCACCCAUUGAGAUGAACGAUAUUGAUGCAGUUCUGAAAAGAACUGUAGAUAAGAACCAUCUUUCCUUCGGAAUUACAUCCCUACAUGCAUGGAUUCGAUCAUUCGAAUGUAUUUUGAAAAUCAGUUAUCGAUUACAGAUACAAAAGUGGCAAGCACGAGGUGAUGAUAAAAAUGUCAUUAAGCAAGAAAAAAAUAGGAUCCAAGCAGCCUUUCGAUCUCGUUUGGGGAUUAUUGUGGAUCAAACAAAACAGGGAGCAGGGACGACUAAUGAUGGCAACACAGCCAGGACAUUUUUUCAAAACUAUAAAGUGUCCGCUGAAAUAACCAAUAUUGACGAAAAUCUAAUAUAUCGCAUUUAUGUGAUUUUGCAAGUCAUUGCUAGUGGCUUUGAUAUUAAAAUUAGAGAAUUUAAAUAUUACUGCAUUGCUACAGGAAGACUUUUUCUGCAUCUAUAUCCAUGGUAUAGAAUUCCUGCUUCACUACAUAAAAUUUUUAUUCACAGUGCAGAAAUAAUCAAGUCUGUUCCUGUGCCUAUUGGGCAACUGUCAGAGGAAGCCCAAGAGGCCAGAAAUAAAGAGUACAGAAGGGCUAGAGAACAAAACUCUCGAAAAUGCAAUAGAGUAUCAACAAAUAGAGAUGUUUUUAAUUAUUUGCUUGUUACUUCCGAUCCAAAAAUUACUUCACUAAGAAAGCAUAGUACACCAAAAAAGAAAAUAUUUUGCCCAGAAGCACUUAAUAUGUUCAAGUCAUUUAAAACUACUUCUUCUAACCACAGCAGCGAUGAUGAUUCGGAUUAGCUUAGUAGUUUUGUAAGAUUCGAAAUAAUUAUUGUUAUACUUUUUGUUCCUGUAGGUAUUUAUUAUAUUUGUUGUGUUUGUUACUUUAUAAAAAAGUUUAUUUUGUUUACUUUAAAUUUGUUAUUAAAUUCAAUAUUGUUUCACAAAAAUGGUUGGUGUUUCUUAAAGAAUGGCAUUUUUACAUUUAGAAAAGUAAUAGUCUUAAAGUUUUGGCAAAUGACUUUGACAUUAAUACAUAGUAUUAGAUCGAAAAUUAAAAUAAACUAAAAUAAAAAUAUGUCAAAAAGUACCAGUUGACAUAUUAUUGUACUAAAAAUGUAAUUUUUUAUCAAACUGGUAAAGAAAGUUUGGGUGUGCCAUUUAAAAAACGAAAGUUAGGGUCACUUCCGGUCAAACCGGAAGUGAUGUAAAACAAUUGAACACGCAGAAAAAUCCCGAUUUUUCUCUUAUAUACGCUCCCCAAAUAUUAUUUGUUUACGUCAAAAACAAAAAUGUUAUAGGGGCGAGCCACGUUUGAGGUACACCCGGUAUUAUAUUCAGUUCCUACUAUACCCUAUAUAAUUAUGUUUCUACUUGUCCAAUUUAGAUAUUUUUCACAUUUUAAUCAAUAUUAGCUUUUGUAUCACGUUCAAGACCAAUUUCUACGCGAACAAUAAUUUUUCAAUAAAAUAAGGCUACGCUGGCCCACUGU